UCUCUGUGCUCAGUGACCAGAGGAAAAGAAAGAAUCAUGCACUGGUUCCAGUUCAUCAAAGCUCUGCUCCUACUGAAUCUGGGACUUCUUGUGGUCACUGAAGCUGCAGUAGAAUGUGGAAGACGCCAGCUGCUGAGUCGCAUCAUGGGGGGGCAAGAUUCCAAGGCAGGCAUGUGGCCCUGGCAGGUGAUGAUAUAUAGCGAGGCUUUCGAGUUAUGUGGGGGAUCCCUGAUCACAAAUAAUUGGGUUGUCUCUGCAGCUCACUGCUUUAAUAGGACAAAGCCACCUUCGUUCUACACGGUUUAUCUUGGGGUCUACCAAAUCAGUGUGCUAAAUGGCAAUGAGGUUGCAAUGCCAAUCAAACAAUUUAUUGUUCACCCUAAUUACACUGUACCCGAGAAUGGUUCUGAUAUUGCCCUAGUGGAACUCAGCGGUGAUAUCAUUUACACCAAUCACAUCCAACCAGUUUGUCUUCCAACCGGAGGGGUGAAUUUACCGACCGGCCUACAGUGCUGGGUGACUGGCUGGGGAAACAUCGCAAGUAAUGUCAGCCUUCCAGAACCCAAUACCCUUCAGGAAGUGGCAGUACCUCUGAUUGGAAACCAGCAGUGCAACGCUUUAUUUCAAGUUCCAUCUCCCAUAGAUCCAAAAACAUACGUGAUUUCAAAUGACAUGUUAUGUGCUGGAUUCAUUGAUGGUGGAAAAGACUCCUGCCAGGUUAGUAAUGUUACACAGAAAACAGGAAUGGGAUAUACAUGGAAUCACUGUAAGGGGUAG